GGCGGCGCGGCGACGCGCUGCGCUCUUGAAAUUUCGCUUUCGUUCACUCGCGGUUAUUAGUCGGCCGCGCGCGCUCCGGCAAGCAUGUGUCUCGCGUGACGCGCUCCACUACUUCCGCGCGGCACGUUCGAUUUCGUUGGCAAGUCGAUCGUGGAAUGGCACCACGACGGCAAGGCGCCACCGGCGAGCGCGAGGCGGAGGAGGCUCGCGGGUGCUGUGUCCCUGGCGAGUGCCUUCGCCCUCGGGAACCCGUGCGUAUCGAAGAUGCCGUGCGCGUGCUUUGCAACAAUGACACGUGCGCUGCCGGCCGGUACAUGCACCGAGAGUGCUUCGAGCAAUGGGAAGGAGGAGUUCUCGCUUAUCUUAAGUCAUGUGGUCGAGCUCGCUCCUGGUCUGAACGCCAGAGACAUCAGAAUCUAUGGACCAAAAAAGGCUACGAUCUGGCGUUCAAGGCUUGUGGCUGCCGAUGCGGCAGAGGGCAUUUGAAAAAAGAUCUUGACUGGGCACCUCCGGGCGCUGCGAUACGAGCUGAAGAGGAGAAGAAGCGUCGCCGGCGCACACGGUCAGGCCGUACGCCAGCAGCUCCAGACGGCCGCUCGCGCGCCUUCAGCCUGUCCAGUUCUGGUUCUUGCUCACCGCCUUCAGCGCCUUCCGAGCCCUCAGCUAGUCCUACUCACGCUCCGACGCACGCCGUCACGCCUGCUAAGAAGAUAUCCAAACCUGAAAUUGUUUCCGACAGGAUCAGAGCUGGAGCUGGCGCUAACGGCAUUUUCUCCCGAAGACUGGACUUUUCUACUUUCAACCUUCUACCGAAGCACAAAGUCAACUCAUAUCAAAUCAAGAUCGAAGACGAGGGUAACCACGGCAACGAUGACACGCGGCUGUUCAUCCUUUCGACGCUGGCGGGUCAGCACAAGCCGAGGGUAUCGUGCGCCUUGUGCAAAGAGACUCUGCACGUUUUCGACCGGUAUCCGCUUGUGGACGGCACUUUCUUCCUAAGCCCGCGACAGCAUACCAGCGGCGCUGUCGAGGUAAAAGUGGAAGGUCGCACGCAGUACCUGACGUGCGUGUGUAUGGGCUGCCUGGAGCGAUGCGACCCCGAGCGCACCAUCCGCUGCCGGUUCUGUGGACAGAAGUGGGACGGCUCCUCUCUCGUUCUGGGCACCAUGUACUCUUAUGACAUCUUCAUGGCCACGCCCUGCUGCGCUGAGAGACUGAAGUGCAACAACUGCUACAAAGCCCUGCUCCACCCCCAGCAGCGGCUAAACUACUCGGACUACUCGCACCCCAUGGCGUGCCCGCACUGCCGCGUGCUCGACACCCACUUCGUGAAGCCGCUGAGCUACUGCUUCACAAAGAGGGCCUUCCCGCUGUUCCAGCAGUGGCCAUAACAGUCGGCGGUGCCGGGAGGCUCUCCCGGCACCCCCCCUUCUUCUGACUCGUGGGGCCUGGCCCCGUCGCCUCCGCGACGCGCCUCCCCCCCAGCGCUGCGUCCCGUCGUCAACACCAGCAUGGCACCUCGUGUGCUAGAACCAAUUACCGAUGAACCACAAACCCCCAAGUACGUUUCUCCUACUCUUGCGAGCAUAACGGAGUCGUUGUCUCUGCUCGGAGUGAGCCCGGAGACGCUCGCCAUCAGCCUGGGCGAGACGCUGGCCGAGCGCUACCUGGCGUCGCUGCGCAGCAAGCCGGCGGAGCGGCCGGUGGAGCGGCCCGUGGAGCGGCCCAUGGAGCGACCCAUGGAGCGGCUGGGCGGCUGCGGCAUCCCGCGGCGCGCGCCCGGCCUGGCCGAGCCCUCCCUGCAGCUGUUCUCCAACGACUUCAUCGACAUCCUGAACCAGAUCGCAUAAUCUCGUGGAGUGCUCGUGACGGAUAUGACGCGGCGACUAUUGGACUUCUCUGUGUUGUAAUGUUUGUUUCUUGGACCUUACUGCGCCCGGUGACUCCGGUCACGUUAGAAAUAAUUUCUGUUAAAUUAAGUUGGUAUUAUUGAAAAUAAUUUUAUGUGUCAGUUUAGAUCGUACUAUUGAUUUUAUUUUAAUUUUAUUCUGCACUUUGUUGAUUAGGAGUUGAUUUUAUCGAAAAUAAUAAUUAGCGAUAUAGUGAUGCCAGAAAUUGCAUUUUUUGUUUCGGAUCAAUCUUAAAUUGGAGAACUUGAUUUCCUUUUGAAGGAGUUAAAGGCGUGAGUUUUUUAAAUUAUUGAUUACCUUGUAUUUCAGUGAUACUGAUGACCCUAUCUGAUAGGGGCGUUUGAGUGGAGUGUUGUUUAGUUCAAUUUAGUUUAUUAGUUAUGUUUUAUUUUAGCAAAAUUUUAAACCUAACUUAAGUGUUAUACAAUAUUUUCGUAGGUUUAUUGUGAACUUUUAUUUCCUCCCACCAAAUGGCACUUUAUAGUGUAAGGGAAGUCUACUUCUACUAAAGAUGCCAUGUUAGGUUAUCGUCUUUAAUAUCAGUUCAUUUACUUAUUAUAUUUUCACAUACAUACCUUAUUUAAACAGUAAUGGUAGAGCAUUAUAAUUGUAAGUACCUAAUUGCUGUGUCACCAAUAAUAUGAUUAGCCUGUCUAUAACUAUUACAUGUAUUGUAGGGUUAUGUAAUGUCGAAUUGUUGUUUUACUUAUCUUUUCAAAUAUUUAUAUCUCAAUGAUUAACGGACUGCAUGAAGAUUUAUGAAAAAAAAAUAUAAAAUCAAAUAUAAACUUUUUGGAAUAGUGCCAUAUCAGUUGAGAAAAAGGUGAAAUACUCCUUUGAAAUAAUUAAAAUAAAAAUAAGAAAAAAAAAGAAACGAAUGCCGCUAAUCAUUGAGAAAAGACGUUUAAUUUUUUAAUUAAAAAAGAUAUUAAAUUUUUAUACUAUCGACUACGUUUUGGCUAUCUCUGAAUAGUUUUAGUUAAGGGUUUUUUCUUAUUAUGGAUGUCUAUAUAUUUGUAAGUAAAUAGCGCUUCGGCAUUUACUAAGCGUAUAUAAGUGAUGUGCGGAUUUUUACUCAGUAAUUACUGUUAACUUUUUAGGUAAGGUUUUAUACAUUUGAUACUUAUUACUCGCGAAGUGAUUACAAGUGAUAAUUCUUAGUAAUAGUGCGUGUUUAGUGAUAAAAGGAAAAAUAAUAACAACUUAUAAGUGGUGCGGAUAGGCGAUAUGGGUGUAUACAGAGAAAAAAAAGUGAUAAUAUCGACGGAUUAUCCGUUUGUUUAGGCAAUAAUUCUAAUGAAGACUUGAACACUUUUAUAGGUAAAAAUUUUUGCAUUAUUAUCCUUCUUAAAUCGAUACUGCCAUUUACAUUUUACUAAUCUAAUCAAAUCAUUGCUUAGGUCGGCUUCGAUUUUAUACGCCAAAUUUUAUCGUUCGAAUAUAACGUCAUUUUUAAUUCUAUAGUAAUCAAUUUCAUGAAAUGGACAGUGAUUUCUCUCUUGUGUCGAACCGAAUGUUUCUAAUAACAAUUAUUGUUUUAACAAUUUAUAAUUGACUAAUUGUUUCUUUUCAUCUGUAAAUUUUCAAGAUGUCCAACGAUAAAUUUUGCGUAUAUCAUCGAAUGAAACGAUGUGUGUUCUUUCUCAUUUUGGACUGACUAAGACUAGUCGGAUCUUGGACUAGUUGCUACUGUUGCGUAGUUAUAGGUCACCUCAUAAUACGUCACGCCAUCAUCCGCAUCACUGCACCUCAUUACGUCAUCGUCAUCACGGCACGGUUUGAGUGGACGGCAGACUGGCCUCUAUGCUCUCAAAAAUAAAAUACAUUCUCCUUCACCACGAUUCAUCAGCUUAAGUAUUUAUUGAAAGCUUUUGUGUGUAUGUACGAGUAUCUGCUUAGAAUUUAUUCAGUAGUAGUUUUGUUUUAUUUAGAGACUGGAGAUCCAAAGAUUAUCUGAAAUAUUUAUUUGGAAUUUUAUAUGUCUUGAAUGGCACCAGCCUCGCAUUGUAAAAGAAUCCCGCUAAAACAGUUUUGGCAGCUGCUUUUUGAACAAAAACUGAUCGUAAUGUCUGACAGUAAUUUGAGCUUUCAUAAAAUAUUUAACGAUGCAAUGUUAUUGAAGCGUCGCUUGCGCACAUCCCAGACCAUAGUCGCCAGUCGCCUUGUGUGGUUGUAAUACCUCUUAAAAUAUUUUUAAAUUAGUAUCCUCUGCUUUACUUACCCUUAAGAUUAAAGAUAUACCUGAGACAACAGCAUGGCGAUAUUUGUACAUAUGCCGAUACACGCAGAAGCUUAAAAAAUAUUUAAUGAGAUAUUAUUGCAUAUUUCUAGUUUAGCAGUAAAUCGAUAGUACAUAAUUUCAAUAAUAUCAAAGAUCCCUAUACUUAUUUUAAAGCGUCCCGGCCGCGAACCGAUCACACUUCAUAUGUUAAUCAAUUUUAAUUUUAUCGAAGUUUGCUCGUUCGAAUAUAGAAUUAUAUUUAAAGUUGAAUAUACAUUUGAAUAAAUAAAUGUAUGUAAUCAAUAAUAAAAUAUUUGAAAAAAAAAAAGUAAUUAAGGCGAGCUGUUGUUGGUAUAUUUAGAAAAAUAUUAUGAUCCAGAUCAUCUGAUGGUGACCAUGUACAAAAAUAAGUGAAGUGUGUUCGGGCCGCGUGCUGGCUAGUGGUCGACCAUAAAUUUAUAAAAUCAUAUUGUUUAAUAGUCAAAUACAGAGCCAUCUAUGUAGGUCUAUUAUCGUAGUAGGUACGUGUUUACGAUAACGCAUCGAAUGUAUCAAAGUCAAUGACUCCCCCUCUAUCCUGUACAAAUUCAAAGUAUUUUGAAAUGCUAUAUUGAAACUAAAUCCAAUAAAACUUAUAUAAUAGUCCUCUGAUUCAAUAAUAAGGCUGUUCGUUUCAUAUUUUAUAGAUAUUUCAAUAUUGAUACUUUGAUAAACAUUACCUCUUUAGAUACAAAGGAAAAAAAAUAGUAAAUUAUAGUAACGGAGUGGCUUCACAAAUUAAAUUGUGUUUAGAGAAUAUUUACAGUUAUGAGUGGUGGAGUGCGCACGGUGACAAAGUUGUGUACUCUACGCUCUGCUAAAAUAUACAACCCAGAGUAAACGUUUAUUGUAGCCACUAAAGAAAAUAUUCCAGGGAUUCAACUCGGUCGGACAGUUGAGAAUCUUACAAUAUUUGUCCCGUUUUAUUUAAAGUAUAUCUUCUUUUUAAAGCUCCUCUACAAAUUGAGCUCUUCUAGAGUUUAUUAUUUUGAAGAUUAUAUCGAUACUUCAAAGGUUGUAUAGAUAAUAUAAUUUAAUAGUCCGCAGACCCACGUCCGUAGGUGCGUCUGUAUACAAUAGCUCGGUUCUUCCUAACUUUCGUACGCAAAUAUUACAUUAUCUGAAUAUGUGUUUGAUUAUUCAUAUUUUAGACACUUAGUUACUUGUUCAGUUUUAAUAAUAAAUGUAAUUAACACAAACGUUGCCAACUUUCUUAGUUUAUUUGCACAUAUUUGUUAAAUUUUAUAAUUAUUGACAAUUUAUUUAGACACCGACAUUCGAAUUUCUUCAUGUUGAAUUUUAAUGUGGUGUAAUUUAGUGAAUUGCUUAAAGUACAAAGAAACAAUUUGUUACUUUUGCAAAUUUUAUAAAGUAAAUCAAAUACAUAUUAAAAGUAUCCUCAACUUAGGUAAACUUUAUGAAAUAGUUGCUGUAAUCCUAUAUAACCUAAAUUGUUUUUGUUUAACAGAAUUAUGUACCUAAUAUUUAAACAGUUUUUAUUGGUUUUUAUGAAAAGGUAUUUUAUUUUACGUUCGUUAAAGUUUAGGAGCAAAAUUGUUACUUAUUAUAAAUAUCUAUAUACUUAUCUUCAUGAUUUCGAUCUUGAUUACUUUUUGACGCGUAUUUUAUCGAAUGCUAUAUUAGACUCUUACAUUGUACCUCUAGCACUCCUUGAGUAGGACUACGUCAUCGGCAUAAUAUUCGUUUGAUCUAUAAGUAUUGUGUCUCGCUUGAAUAUAGGUUAAUCAAAUCUUAUUUCCAUUGUAGUUCUUAUUUAGACUCGUAGGGUUUUCUUUAAUACUUAAUAAUUGGUAUGAAUGGGGAUGUAUGUAUGGUCACACUUAACAUUACGUUUAGUCAUCGUCUCGUUCUCUUCAUUAACGAUUAAUUAGUUAUCGGUAACGAUGUGCUCGUGCCAAGCGAGUAGCGUUAUUGCGAAUGGUGUACAUUCUGGUCAUAGGAGGUGCGGUCGCGCCACGCCUAAGUAUGUGAAAUUAACUUAAAAUCUUACCGUGAUAUGUAACGUAGAUUUACGCAUUCGAUGUAAUGCCUGCCUUUGUCUCUGCCGGCUUUCAACAUUAAAUGUUUAACGGUAGACCGACGUCGCGUGUCCGUUGCAUAAUGUUCUGUUGUACUCGCCAUAUAAGAUUCAAAUUACAUUGCAAAUUAGUUGAUGGCAUGUUUAUGCCUUUAUAAUACUUGUAAUAAACGUUGUCCCUUCACCGAAGCAUUUCUCGUCCCAUAAACAUUUUUUAUGUCCUGUACAACGAUAAGUCUGAUAAUGUUGAUAGCAAUAAUUUGCAACAGUACUUUAUGAAUAGACCUGUGUAGUAUCACAUUGAUAUUUUUAUAGUAUGUCGCUUUACUGAGGUGGAGCCAAGUCUGAGGCAGGUUAGUUAUCAAUGUGACAUUCAGCAUCCAAAUGAUACCCGGCGUCCAUAAGCUCAAAAUUCCAAAAACGCAUUGGCUGAUUCUAGUAUACGGCUGUUAUUGGUUAGUGAAAAGAUGCAAAUCAAAAACAUGUUAAUUAUAUUUUGAUACUCGAUGUUUUCUACACUAAUGUAGUAGGUUCGUAUUAAUCUUUUGUAUUAACUUGUAUAGGUAGGAUAACGUCGCGUCGCGCUCGUACGCAGCUCGUAGUUCGGACGAAGCCGCAAGCGUAUCGCCGCAGUUCAUCGUACGGUUUAUUUGUAGACUGAUCGCACCAUCUGAUCAGGUUAAUUGCUCUCGAAGUAACAAACGCGAUACGAUUGUCUAGGUGAUAUUACAUUACAGCCAUUAGUGCAGUCGCUGACAGUGAAGUCAAUACAAGUUAGUGGUACAAGUCCCGUGGACUCCGACGUAAAGGCCGAUACAUUUUGUACGCACAUUUAUAAAAUUGGUGAUAAUCUGACGAAUUGGUUAAAGAUAAUAACUAAGUUAUCGCGUAGCGGGGUGCAUCAGGGUAUGAGUGUCAUAAUUUGUAAUAACUUAAAAAAUUAAACCUUUUGUACUUUCGUAACGGUAACGAGUAAUUUAGUCGUAAACUUUUUCUAUUAAUAUGUAUUAUGCAUAAAUUAAACAUCAAGUAAAUAAUAUACUUUUUUUACUGGAAUUGUAGAUGUAGUAUUUUUGUAAGACAAUCGAGACUCGGAUCUCGUUCGUGUAUCACAGCGAUAAUAGAUAUUGUGUAAGACCGAUUGUGCGUCUAAUGUUAGGAAAUAAUCUUGAGGGAACAUGUCUAGUAUACCAAGCAAGGAAUCUACGAAUACCGCGAUCAAGGUUAUUUCAUUAUAUUCGACUCACGUCACUAAUGGUCAUUUGUGUAAUUAGGCUAGUAUGUCUUAUAACUAUUUGUGCAUUUUCUAUUUAAUUGGAUGCUUUGUAAAAGUCAAACUAAUUGGAGAUACGUUUUCGUUUAUCGGAAUGCAAAAAGACGGCAUGAAAUCGAUGCAUUUUAAUGUAACCGCAGACUGUACGCUCCGUUGCUGUUGGUUACGGCAAAAUGUGUAUCAGAGUAAUUACCGACGCAAAUGAUUGAUCGCUUGUCUAACAUUAAAAACAGAGCUACUAUGCGGCCAAACUAAUUGGCUCAUAUAAUAAAAAUGUCUUUUAAAAGCAUCUCAACAUUAUAAAGCAUUUCUUCAUAACUACUUAUGUGUAACGAUAUUGUAUGUUCGAAUGAGUGAAUAACUUUGAUAUAUUUUAAAAUACUUCCUUUGUCCUCUGUAGGUACAAUGGAUAUCUUCGUAAUUUUACUAAUAUUGAGUGUGGUCAUGUGUUAUGUGUAAGUGUUCGUUUCUAUAAUGAUCUCUUGUUUACUUACAAUUAACUGAAAUAAGGUUUGAGAGUCGUGGAACGAUGCUGAGAUGCUCAGAUGGAAACGCCAAUUGAUUAAUUUUAAGUAAAGUAUAAGUGCUUGAAUUAUUGUAAGGGUCGUUUUAAAAUUAUGCUAUACCAUUGAAAAUUGAUAUUAUUUAAAAUCUUCGAUACGUCUGAACGUAUAUUUUUGUAUAUUCGCGAGUCGAUGCGUAAGGAAUUGGCACAAGUAAAGUGUAAGGUAUAAGAUUAAUCUGAUUAAAGUUAAGAUAAGAGAAAAAGUUCCAUUUUGUAACGAUUUAAAAUAUUGACGAAAGCUAUUAAUUUUUGUAACGAUAGUGAGCGUUGUAAUUGUCUUUAUUGUAAAGUUUGGGAAGCGAGAAGUUAGAUGAUAAGAUUGUUUCAGAAAAUUGUAAUAAAACUGAAGAGGCGAAAAAAAAACAUGUUAUAUUUUAUACGAAUCCUGAUAUUGUAUGCCGCUCGGGCGGAUUUUGUGUUACUUUACGAAAUAGAUAUAAGUUUGCUCUUUAAAAGAGUUUUUGAGGUAGUAGGUUUAGUAGGCUUAGUGUUUUUUAUACUGGCUUGAUGUUGUGACAUUUAUUAUUAAUAUGAUAUCGAUAAAACGCAGUACUACCGAACUAGCAGCCAACACUGAUCAAUAGUAGAAUGUGUAGUGGGUACUGACUUGGGAUGCAUUCAGUUUUCGUUUACGUGGGCGACGAGCGGGCAGCAUCCCUGCACUUGUGAUCUUUACCAAAGUGUUGCUGUUCGCAAGCAUAUCAUUUUAAUACGACGCUAGAUACUUUUCGGUACAAAAUCUUAGCAAAGUUUUAAUUCUAUUCGAUUUAUGAUAUAUUGUUAGACAAUUCUGUGUCUCCAGAGUUGUGGAGGAACGCUUGCGGAUCGCGCGAUCUCCUCGCAAGCCGGUUCUAGUCGGUUCCGUCGGCUUCUCCAUCAGUUCUUGCCCGCGGUCCGGACUACCUCGCAACGCGUUCCCCUGCAGCCUGGCGAUCAUCCUGAAUUAUUUCAGUUUAUUAGCAGAAUUAUAUUAUUGUCUAGUAUUCCGAUUAUGUUACGUUUUAUAUUGCUUAUAUUAUAUAUUAUGGAUACAAUGUUUAUUAAGUAUUUAAUAUUCAUUUUGAUGAGGACCUAGUCGAUUCUCUAUAUAUCACAUCUCCCAAAGUACAAAUUCCUUGUUGUUUAGUCCAAUUUUGUUUGACUGUUAUUGAAUGGAAAUUAUUUUAGCGAGCGUUCGUUGGCAGAGCGUCGCCGAGCGUGGCGGGUGUCGGGCGCCCGGCACGCGGGGCGCGGGGCGCGGUCUCUUCUCAAUGUGAACCCAGCCUGUUGGUCGUAGGAACCAAUGCUAUCGGCAGUCUUACGGCUCCUCAUUAUAUCGUAGCCGCCGGAGUAAAUGUUGUAGUAAACAUAAACAAAACUAGUUGAAAUAAAUCCAUAUUACAUUAAAUCGUUUAUUUACCGUGCCGAAAUAGGCACGUUAUUACAAUUUAUGUUUAGCAGCUUUUAACUUAAGUUAGAUUAAUUUUUAAUAAUUUACCUAUUUUAGUUAAUGCACAAUGAAUAACCCAAUAAGUUUACUUUCAUUUUCUACUAAUUGUAUUGUACACAAUUGCAAUGAAUUUAUAAGCCAUGUAAAACCUCUUACGAUUGUCAACAUCUUCUUUUAGUAAGUUUACCAUUUGUUUUUAGUUGAUACGUAAUCGCCUACUACACAUUAUCGAUUGGAAAGCUGGUUUAGCUAUGAAAUAUUCAAAUGACACUAUACCUACGAUAAAUACAAUGAAACCUUUAUAAAAAUAAAAUCUAUAAAAAAUAUA